AUGAGCCGCAACUUCGUCCCCGUAGCCCUAUCCAUCGGCGCCGGAGUCCUCGGCGGGUACUAUGUCUGGCAACCGUAUUUCAAGGAGAUGCAGCAACACCAACACCAACACCAACACCAACAGCAGCAGUCGUUGAAUUCGACAUCUACCGGUUCGACGGCGCCGCAAUCACAAGUUCCGACGCCCCAGGAGGCGGGUUCUGCGUCUACGACGGGCGAUAUGGGGGUGGGGAAGGCAGCGGGGCAGUGA